AUGGCACACACCAGGCUGCUCCCCUUAUUCAGAAUCGCAACUGCAAGUUCGACCCAAACGCGAGCCGCCUGGGGUGGACGGUGCCUCCGAAAACAUGUCAGCACUUCAGCUUCGCGAGCGCAGAGCUGCAUGUCUGCCUGGGUCAUCGACCAGUUUGGCACGAACGAAAUGCUCAGGUACUCUGAAGACAUCCCAGUGCCCACGAUCACUUCGUCCAGCCAGGUGAUGAUCCAAGUGCACGCUGCCAGUCUCAACCCUUUGGAUGUGUCAAUGAGAGCCGGGUAUGGAGCGAAGUUGCUCAAGCUACGAAAGGACCCAUUUUCCACAAUGAACGAUGGUAGUGGUUUUCCUCUGAUCCUGGGUCGAGAUGUGUCUGGUGUUGUCGUGGACUGCGGAUCUGAGGUUGCACACUUUGUUCCAGGAGAUGAGGUUUGGGCUGCUGUUCCUCCGUGGAAACAAGGCAGUCUGGCAGAAUUUGUCAAUCUGACCGAGUUUGAGGUGUCCCACAAGCCGAAAUGUUUGAGUCACAUGGAGGCGGCAUCCAUCCCCUACGUAGCCAGCACUGCGCUGUCUGCACUCGUUAAUGCGGGUGGUCUUUGCAGAGACAGUUCCUUGAAUAAAAGAGUUUUGAUUACUGGAGGCUCAGGAGGCGUUGGGACGUUUGCAAUUCAGUUGGCAAAGGCCUGGGGUGCCCACGUUACAGUCACUUGCUCUCAGAACGCAGAGGGCCUCGUCAGAGGGCUCGGAGCCGACGAGGUGGUGGACUACACUGCGGAAGAUGCGGUGGACCAUCUCGAAAUGAUGGAGAGAUUUGACGUGAUUUUGGACGGCGUGGGCGGGGACACUGAGGAGUGGGCGGUGGGUUUGCUCAAACCCUGGUCUGGGGCGAAGUACGUCACGCUGGUAACCCCUUUGCUCUUCAAAACGGAUUCUCUCGGCCUGGUGGAUGGACUCGUUGAUGCCGGAUCCAACCUGGGCACCAAAGUCAUUCAGAAUAUAAUAUCAAAUGGCAUCUUCUACCGCUGGGGGUUCUACGCUCCAGAUGGGCCCGCCUUGGACGAGGUCAGCAUGCUGGUAGAUACCGGGAAGAUUUUGCCAGUGGUGGAGGCCCAGUUCACAUUCAGCCAGGUCCCUCAGGCUUUCCAGAAGUUGGAGUGCGGCCACGCCAGAGGCAAGACGGUCAUCAGCGUGACCGAGGAGCAAGAUGGGGAGGAGCAAGACAUGCGCCAGAACGCGGCGCAGGAAACGGUAACGCAAAGCUAGCUCCAGCGCAGAGAGAAUGAAGCUAUGCCGAUUCUUCUCCGUACAACCUCACAUUGCAAACGCCAAAGAGACGAGAUACACUUUGAAAAAUGGAACCCUCAACACUUCUUGAAGACUGUAUAUAACAAGAUGCCUGAAAGAGUGCUUACCUAUAAUGAUGACGUUGCUUUGGUUACCAAGACCAGAGCCUCUAAAAAUGGCUAAAAAGAUAAUGCAAUGGUGUCAUUGCGUAGGCUCACUUCAGGAGUGAGUGUGAAAAGCAAACAUCCUGUGUUGACAAUUUUUGAGGGCACUCACAAUUUUUUUCUUUAGGUCACUAUAAACAUUUAUUUGGAGGCUCUAGAUUAUUAUUAUAGUGCAUGCUUGUGAUUGUCCUGUAAAAAGUAUUUUCGUAGUGAUUUUGUUGUUAUCAUGCGGGCUCGAUUAAAUUAAAAGUCCAUACAAGGUGA